AUGAGUCGUCGGAGUGGUGGAUCGAAGCCUGAAUUGAAGCUGAAUGUAACCCCGGCGGCGCAGCAGGGGGAGUCGCCGUCGCCGUCGCCGUCGCCGACGAGGUCGUGCGUGUCGUCGGAGGGGGAGAGCAGCCCGGAGGCGACGUCAAUGAUGCUGGUGGGUUGUCCCAGGUGUCUUAUGUACGUGAUGCUGUCGGAACAGGAUCCUCGUUGCCCUAAGUGUAAGAGCACUGUUUUGCUCGAUGUCGUCCACCAGCAAAACAACCCCAACCCCAACCCCGCCGCCAAAAAGAGGAAUUCACAGUUAUGGGAAUGGAGCCUUAAUAGUGCUGCUGCUGCUUCGAUGGAUCUUUGA